UUGAAUAGACGGUGGGAUAGGGCUGCAUAGCUGCUGAUGCCAGCCAGGAAAAAAACCCAAAGACUUCCAAAUUUCACCGCUGGAUGGAUCUCAACGGUUUUAGGCGGCACUGAUCCACCUUCAUCAAUUUGCCCUAAUUUCCAUUCAAUUCCCAAUUCCCAAUUCCCAAUUUGCUGCUCUUCUUCUCUUCACUACGAUAGAGAUGGUGUUUGGUGAUUGAUUGAGCGGAGGUGACAGAUGGGAUCCAUUCCUCUCUCGCCAAUCUUGUAUCUGCUUGGCCUCCUGCGCCUCCUGUGCUUCGUCAAUGGCGUCAACACUUCCGACCUUUCUCUCACCCCGAUCCCGCGCCAUCUCUACCAUUCCUGUGAUUCUUUGCUGAAAGAUGUCAAAGCCUUGGUUAGUCGUCAUCCAGAAAAAUUAACUGUAGAUCGGAUAAGGGCAGAAGAUAAGGGCUAUGCUGCUGAUAUAGUAGUAGUGACAUACAAUAGUGGCAAGAUACCGAAAAAUGGCAACUUUAAGUUUCGGAUCCUUCUUACCUUUGGGCAGCAUGGCAGAGAGCUUAUUACAUCUGAAGUUGCUCUUCGCCUGAUUUCUAUAUUAACUGGGGAACGUACAAUGCCAGGCUCAGACCUAAACUUGUUAAACAGUUUCCUUGAUAAUCUUGUAAUAAAGGUGGUGCCAAUGGAAAAUCUGAAUGGCUGCAAACUUGUGGAAGCAGGAGAAUACUGUGAAAGAAGAAAUGGUAGGGGAGUUGAUCUGAAUAGAAAUUGGAGUGUAGACUGGGGAAAGAAAGAAAAGGAUUAUGAUCCUUAUGAGGAAAAUCCUGGGACUGGUCCUUUCAGUGAGCCAGAGACACAAAUAAUGCGGAAGCUCUCCCAAUCAUUUGAUCCACAUGUAUGGGUGAAUGUUCACUCAGGGAUGGAGGCUCUCUUCAUGCCAUAUGAUCACAAGAAUGUAACACCUGAUGGACUUAUAUCACGUUUAAUGAGAUCAUUGUUGGACGACCUGAACUAUCAUCACUGUCAAAAUAGGUGCUUAGUUGGGUCUGGCGGAGGUUUAGUUGGCUAUCUUGCACAUGGGACUUCCACAGAUUACAUGCAUGACAUUGUAAAAGUACCAAUGGCAUUUACUUUCGAGAUUUAUGGAGAUUCCUCCGCGUCUUCCAAAGACUGCUUCAAAAUGUUCAACCCAGUUGAUGAAGCCACCUUCAAUAGAGUAAUUGAAAACUGGUGUGCGGCAUUCCUAAUGCUUUUCCAAACCGGCCCGGGCUGGCUGGAUCUAGCCCGUCAGGCCACCUUUAAUGAUCUAAGCAAGUGGGUGUCCAUAGAUGCUAAUGCAGUGGAUAGAACAGAAGGUAGUAGUAAAGGAGGGAAGCUUGAGGGACUAGACCUGGGAAUGCAAGAGCUGAGGACUUAUUUCCGGCUUUUUAUGUUAUCAUCUGUUUUGAUAAUGUUCAUGUUCUGUUCCAGGAUAUCAAAGAGCAAAUGCAGGCCAUCAAUGUCAAGCAUCCCCAUCUAAGUUACUUAUUUCUUAUUUCUUAUUUAUUUUUUUUUAAAUAUAAUUUAGAUAUCAUUAUUAUUUAUUGAUGUUAGUUGAUUGAAAAUUAGGAAGAGGUGUAUAGGCACUUUGUUAGACACUCCAUUUGUUCUUGUUGGAAAUGGUACAUAGGUCUGAUUUUUGUCAUGUGGGUUUUGUGAUUGGUCACGCCCUGCGAACUAUUUUUUGUUUAAUUGCACUGGUGAUAACUGAUC